UGCAUUUAUGAAAAGCGUUUUCGCCCGCCAGCACGCGUCCGCUCCCAGCUCGCAAUUUGCCAUCCUCUAUCCGUAAUCCGUAGUCCGUAAUCCGUGUAUCCAUAACCCGCAGUUCGCAUCUGGAAUUUCCCGCAACGGGUCGUGCUUAAAAGCGGAAAUUAAACUGAAAUUAAUAAAACAUUUUGUGUGUGUGCUUUAUGGUUUAAACAUUCUAAACUUAACAAUUUGAAAUAAAAGUGCCACUAAUAAGUUAUUAAAGUGCAGUGAGGGAGUACCAAAUUGGCGCCACUUAGUGUCAUCAUGUCCAGCCACGAGGAGGAUGAUCACGAGCACGAGAACGAGCACGGAGACGAGGUGGAGGAGCAGGAGAUCCAUGUGGACGUGGACUCAGAUUCACGGAUGUCUUGUGGCAGCGGAUCCGAUGUGGAUAUGGACGGCGGCAGCUGCUACGAUGAGUCUGAAACUCCUUUGAGCGAAUCCCUACAGUCGGAGCAGACGCGUUCCUCGUCCAGCGAGAAUCUGCCCUUCAGCAUAUCACGCCUGCUAUCCAAACCCUUCGAGACGAGCCACCACCACAACAACAACAACCACCUGAUCAGCAGCAGUCCCGGCUCCAGCAGCAACAACAACAACAGCGGCGAAAAGGGCGAGGAGAAGGAGCUACUGCAGCAGGAAGAUCACGACCUGGCCGCCUAUAAGCUGGCCACCAGCAUCGCCAAUUCAACGUACGGAAGCGCCGCGGCCCUCUAUUCGUAUCCGCAUCUUUAUCCCUCAGCCGCCGGCGGUCAUGUGCUGCGUGUGCCGCCCCAGCGAACGCCGCUAACCUGGGCCCUGCCACCAUUGCAUCAUGCGGCGUUGGCCCAUCAGGCGGUCAAGGAUCGGCUGGCAGCUGCCUUUCCCAUUGCCCGACGGAUCGGACAUCCCUACCAGAAUCGCACGCCGCCGAAGCGAAAAAAGCCACGCACCUCCUUCACGCGCAUCCAGGUGGCCGAGUUGGAGAAGCGGUUCCACAAGCAGAAGUAUCUGGCAUCCGCGGAGCGGGCGGCCUUGGCCCGUGGCCUGAAGAUGACCGAUGCCCAGGUGAAGACGUGGUUCCAGAAUCGACGCACCAAGUGGAGACGUCAGACGGCCGAGGAGCGAGAGGCGGAGAGACAGGCGGCGAAUAGGCUGAUGCUCUCCCUCCAGGCAGAAGCCAUCAGCAAGGGAUUCGCCCCUCCAUCGGCGCCCUUGGGCUCGCAAGGGGGUGUGAACGGGGCGCCCCUGGCAGCUCUGCAUGGACUACAACCAUGGGCAGAGGCGUCGCAUGCGGCGGGCUGCUAAUCGCCAUGCCAUCGGUGGACGGAGCCCCUCUAAUUUGGCGGGAGCUGGUUUAUUUGUGAUACACUUCGCUUUGUACAUAGUUCGAGAUGAACGGACAGUUCGCACUGUACAUAUGAGAAGAAGGGGGCGUUGGCUCAAAGCCCCACUGUAAAUACCUAGCUUUACUCUGUAGUGACGCUUACUUAACCGAUUCCGGGAUGAUGACGAUACCACGAUGGGGAUGCACCUGGACCAGCGCUUUAAGUUUUGUGUAGAAUCUCGAAUUUCCGUUUUGUGUUUCGUAGAGCUUUUAGUGCAUUUAGAAUCUUAGUUAUUGUUCGACAGUUCAACCGAAGCAAACCGCAUCUCAAAACGUCGCAGUGAGCUUGGAAGCCACGUUUAGUAAUAGCAUAUUUAAUAUAUAAAUAUAUAUACAAAAUUAUAUACGGAUUGUAAUGUAUUGUAAUUGUAACAUCUGUCUCUAGGCUUAAGUCGAAUGGCAUUACCUAGUAUUAUAAAUUAUGAACCCUAAAUACAUGUAUGAUUAUGACAAAGUAAACAAGAUGAGCAAUGAAAAUAAACACAUUAUUGAAUCAAAGAA